UUUGUCUUAAACCCUUGAAAACUGUCGUGUAUUAGUUGAAAAUGGAAACAGUGAAAUAUUAUGCCAGAUUCAUAGAUCCUCACUGGAUAGCCGUAGUGGCAACAGGAUUGUACACGCAUCUUCGACAGAUUUGUAUAAUCGGGCUGUGUUUCGAGGAAGAUAAUCUACCUUUCGAUCCUUCAUAUGCAUCGGUACUUUUCGUUUUUUCGGUUUUAUGUCUCUUAGCGGAAUAUAGAUUGUGGCCUGUAACCCUUAAAGAACCACCGAUUCAGUUGCUGUAUAUUUAUGAAAUGUUGAUAGCUGCAUUGAGUACGAAUUUAGCAAUUCAUACGGUAUGGAUACCAAUAAUGCACGCAAUCUUUUGUCUAACUCAAGAAUCCAGUAAAUGGUUGUUUUGGUUGAAUAGCACGAUAGGUCUGGAUAGCUAUUCUUGGUUGACUUCGAUCGCGGAUUACAUGGCUAGCGAAAAUGCAGCGAUUUACAUGGCGUUUUGCAUGUCUUUAUUAUCUUUCGUGUGGAUGCUGGACGCCACCGAAUCUCUGGAAACAUUUCUGGAUACGUGGAGCAAGUAGUGAAUCCUGACACCUUCCAAAUUUUAUCCGCAAAAUUGUCAC